AUGGCCAUCUUUUCUUGUUAUUCGGUCUCUGCUCUGUACAAGGACGAGGCUGGCAACUAUGACUGGCACACAAAACUAGUCGGUAUUCCAAAGUUUGCUCAUAUCGAAAGCUCUAGUCAGCAAGAUAUUAUUACUAUAGGAACCUCUAAAAAUGUUCUUGCCUCUCUUAGCGCCAGUUCUGGUGAAAUCAAUUGGCGUCAUGCAUUUGGAGAGUCCGAGUCCAUUAUUAGUUUGUACGCAGAUGAACAAGACUCAGUUUUGACAUUAACAGAUGAUUCAACUUCAACUCAUCUGCGCUCAUGGAAUAAGUACACCGGUCUUCUCAUCUGGAGUGUGAGUGCCGCACCCUCUGCCAAGUCCUCGCAUUCUUGUGUUGCAUCCAUUAUACGCCAUGAAAAAAAAUCAAUCGCUAUCUUCCCUUCAUGUGAUAUUGUUGCAGUUUCUGACAAGGGUAAAGUGGUUUGGGCUUUCAAACACCAGCACCAGGAAGAACACGCUCAAAUCAUUUCAUCCGACAACUCUCUUUGGUUGAUUUCAUGGACAGCAGAAACGGGCACUUUGACUACCCGUGAGUUGAGCAUAAGUGAUGGAUCUAUUUUAACUACUACCCAGACAAAAGACGCGGAUGCUGCAUUUGUCGAGCGCAUAUUUUUGACUGGCUCUGAAUCAGAAGUAUACUGUGUAUGGAACAAUGGUCGACAGUCUCGUGCCAUCAAUCUUAAAACUGGACAUGGCUUUGAGGUUUCAUUGUCUGGAGAUGUUCUUGUCGAAAAACUAGGAGAAACUGCUAAACCUACCGAGUUUCUUGCAAAGACUGCGACAAACACCUAUAUUGCACGGCUGAAAAAUAACAAGCUUGUUGUUGUCCACAAAUUUAGCUUGUCAACUCAAGAAUCUAGUGCUGAUCUGUUUACUUCUCAUACAAGUGGAUCUGCUAGCGGUCGUCUUCGAUUGCAGUCCGACAAGUAUGUAUUUGAUCUAGUCACGGCUGGUGCCAGUGAAUCUCACAUUGCUGUGACAAAUGAUGUGUUUUUGUUGGGCUUGAUUGAAAAAGACGAUACAUGA